AUGCUGGAGAGGAAUGGAAUUUUGAAGAUUGCCAAUGUUGGGGAUUGUGGACUACGGGUUGUUCGCAAAGGUCAAAUAAUAUUUUCCUCGACUCCACAAGAACAUUAUUUUGACUGUCCCUACCAGCUGAGCUCAGAGGUGGUUGGUCAAACAUACCUAGAUGCUAAGGUUAGCAGCGUGGAAUUGAUGGAAGGAGACACCAUUAUAAUGGGCUCAGAUGGGCUUUUCGAUAACGUUUUCGACCAUGAAGUUGUUUCAACAGUGGCCAGAUACAAUAAUGUUUCUAAUGCUGCAAAGGCAUUAGCUAAUUUGGCUCAUAACCAUUCAAUUGAUUCCAACUUUGAUUCCCCCUAUUCACUGGAGGCCAGAGCCCAGGGUUAUGACGUUCCAUGGUGGAAGAAAAUUCUAGGCAAGAAGUUAACAGGUGGAAAGCUAGACGAUAUUACAGUGAUUGUUGGGCAGGUGAUAAGUUCAUAA